AACACAAGACGGAAGUUUCGUUUCUCGUUUUUCCCGCGGUUUGACAUCAGCUGAAUAUUCUCCGAAUUCAGUGUUACAACUACUAGAGUGUUUGGACGCAGUGUGUCUUUCAGCUUUAGUAAUAUCGCCAUACAACAACAACAACUGCAACAUUUCCAUUAAAACAGCUACGGACAUUCUGCUUCACGGCUAGUAUGAUAAAGUGCUGAAUAUAUUCAGGAACCAUCUGUUUUAAUCUAACAUUAAUAGUACGAAUAUGCCUCCUAAGAAGCGGACGCCACAGAACAAGGAAAUAAAACAAAACGUCACCAGUUCAGAUAAUGUAAAGUCUCCAAGCAAGAAUUCAGAUGACUCUGUUGUGUCCACGCCUAAGCAUAGAGACAAAGAAGUGGAUUUCGUCAGCCUUUGCAAAGAUCUCCAGGUGACAAAUUCACUCUGUAAUCACGCCUGGUCAAUAUGGAAGAAAGUUUCGGAAUCCACGGAGAAAAUGCCCGACACAAACAAAAAGAUGUGGGCAGCCUGUCUGUUCGUGGCUGGAAUAGACAUGGAUGUCUUGAGCCCCAACUUCACAGAAGUGCAGAAAGCUGCUGGCCUCAACGUGAAGCAGUUCCUUGAAGUGAUGAGGAACUUGGACGUGAACAUUGACAUCAUCAGCUCCAAAGUGAAUUCUGCUGUGAGCAAGCUGGAGAAGAAGUACGACGUGUCCCUGGCCCUCUACCAGCGCUUUGAGAAGAUAUGGAAGGAUAUCUACACAGAGCCCUCGGAGCCAGAGAGUACAGAGCUCUUCAGCAGCAUCUGGACCAUGUUCAUUCUGGCUAAAGGAAGGUUUCUGCAGAUGGAGGAUGACCUGGUGAUCUCCUUCCAGUUGCUCAUCUGCGUUCUGGAGUUCUUCAUCAAACGCUCCUCACCCUCCCUGAUCAAGCCCCUUUACAGUGAGUUCUUCAUCAAACGCUCUACACCCUCCCUGAUCAAGCCCCUUUACAGUGAGUCCUCACCCUCCCUGAUCAAGUCCCUUUACAGUGCAAAGAUGACCCCCACGCGGAGCUCCCGGCGUAACCAGGGCAAAGCCAAACCGCGGCCGCCGGAGGCAAACGAGCCGCUGCUGGAGGUCAUCUGCCGGGAGAACGAGUGCAACCUGGACGAGGUGAAAAAUGUUUACGAGACUGUCUUUUCUCCCUUUUUGGAAUCAUCAGGCUUUUCAAAGUCUCAGGACUUACCAAAGUUUGAAGAGCUGUCAGCGAAGUUUGAAGAAGUUUCUGUAAAAACUAAAGACUUUGAUGGCAGACUGUUCCUGAACGGUGAAGAAAAAUGCAGCCAGGAGAAAACGGACAUUGGCCAUGUGGAGAGUACCCCUAAGAAGAGUGUGUUUGCUGAGGAGUUCAACCCAGCUAUUCUGCAAACACCCGUCAGGGCAACCUUAUACUCUGUCCAGCAACUCCGGGUCUCCCUCACCUCCGCCAGUGACCAGCCCUCUGACACGCUCAUGACCUACUUCAAGAACUGUACGGUGAACCCGACGGAGGAGGUGGUCAAGCGUGUGAAGUGCCUGGGGGAGCUCUUCAGCCAAGCCUUCGCCCAGGUGGUCAGUCCAGGAUGCUCGGGCCUCGGCAACCAGAGGUUCGCUCUUGGUGUGCGGCUGUACUACAGAGUGAUGGAGUCCAUGCUGAAAUCGGAGGAGAAGAGGCUGUCGGUACACAACUUCAGUAAACUUCUCAACGACUCCACAUUCCAUACGUCCCUUCUGGCGUGUUCCCUGGAGGUUGUCAUGGCAACAUACGGCAGCGGUCUGGCCACAGAGACGGACCUGAGCUUCCCCUGGCUGCUGAGUGUGCUCCAGCUCCACAGCUUCCACUUCUACAAAGUGAUCGAGAGCUUCAUCAAGGCCGAGCCCAGCCUCCACCGCGACAUGGUCAAACACCUGGAGCGCUGCGAACACAUGAUCAUUGAGAGCAUCGCCUGGAAAACGGACUCCCCUCUGUUUGAGCUGCUGCAGCAGGCUGGAGAGGAUGGUCGCCUGGAGACCGCUGAGCCCCCCGCCUCCCUACACCAGCCCCCCCAGCACAGCCACACCGCUGCCGACCUCUACCUGUCACCGGUGCGUCCGAGCAGACCCCUGCCCCCCGUCCAAGACCGGAGCCCCCCCACUACUGCCCAGCCCCCAUCGGCCUCCGCCCAGGCCUCCGCCCAGGCCUCCAGACCCCCCAGGUCCAACUCGCUUGGCCACUUCUACAAGAAACUGUACAGGGUGGCGUACCUGCGCCUGAAGAUGCUGUGCACGCGUCUGCUGUCGGACCACGCGGAGCUGGAGCCCAUCAUCUGGACGCUGCUGCAGCACACGCUCAAGGACGAGUAUGAGCUGCUCAGGGACCGACACCUGGACCAGCUGCUGAUGUCUGCCAUGUACGCCAUAUGCAAAGUGAAGUUUGUGGACCUGCGCUUCAAGACUAUCGUCACCGCGUACAAGGAACUCCCAAACACUAAUCAGGAAACAUUUAAGCACGUUCUGAUCAGCGAGGGCAAGUAUGACUCCAUCAUCGUCUUCUACAACAUGGUCUUCAUGCAGAGGCUCAAGACCAACAUCCUCCAGUACGCCUCCUCCAGGCUUCCCACCCUGUCCCCCAUCCCGCACAUCCCCCGCAGCCCCUACAAGUACCCCAACUCCCCCCUGCGCGUCCCUGGGAGCAGCAACGUCUACGUGUCCCCCAUGAAGAGCUGUGCGUCCCCGAUGACCCCGCGCUCAAGGAUCCUAAUAUCACUCGGAGAAUCAUUUGGGAACUCUGAACGGUUCCAGAGGAUUAACGAGAUGGUGAAGAGCAGCGAGUGGACGCUAAAGAGGAGGGCGGACGGCGCUGGCGGCCCCAAACCGCUGAAGAGACUGCGCUUCGACACCGAGGGACAGGAUGAGCCGGACGGCAGCAAACCCAGUGGAGGAUCAGCAUUGAUUCAGAAGCUUACAGAAAUGAACUCGACUCGCAGCCGGAUGCAGGAGCAGAAGAUGAAGGAGGAAGCAGAGUCUGUGAGAGAGGAAGUUCCAAACGGAGUGGAGAAACACGAAUGAGCUUUGUCAACAAUGAAGACGACGUCGAGGUGGAGGGGAAGGAUCGAGGGUCUGGAGUGUUGUAUCCACCAGACUGCUCACGCUCUUGGUCAAGCCUGCUCUGGAUCCUGUUGAAUCAUGGACUUCUGAUUUGAAUUUUUUUUUUUUUUAUUUUUUUUUUUUUCGUUUUUAAUUUUUUUUAUUGGCUUUUUUUUUUUUUUUUAAUCCCUAGGUUUUAGACUGUUAGUGACUCAUUACAGCAAGGGCCUGUGAUGUGGACUUGGCUUGACUGUUUAAUUAUUCAUUAUUAUUUUUUUUCUGAAUUAUGUUAAUGUAGCAGUUUCUGUUAGUUUCAGAUUUUUGAGUGAAAUAAUGAGUGAAGAACCCAUGGACUGAGGGGGGGGGGGGGGGGGGGGGGUUGAUACAUUCGAUUAGCUGAAUAUUUCUGAAAUAUUAAGAAACUUUUGAGUAGUUGAAUAGCUUUGUCGAAAUGCUAAAUAUACAACUCCUGUGGUGUUUUGCAAAAUCAAAUUUUGGAUCAUAAUAUAUUUUAGAGGAGGUUGUCGGAUUGCGUUUUAUUUUGUUUUAUCUUUUUUUUUAGCUUCAUAAUCUUACUGCAUGGUCUAAAGUGUUUUUUUUUUUUUCUUUAAAAAGACUUGAUAUUUCAGAUCAUACUACAGUUUACUGUUUUUAUAAUGUCUGAUAUUUGAAAGAAAUGUUUUUCUUCUAUCCUAAGGGGAAAAAUAUAAAAAGAUAAAGCCUUUGGAAAUGCCAUCUGGUAAGAAUAAAUGUAUUAUUGUGUGUCUC